UAAUCGUCGAACUUUUGCAACACUUGAAAAUACGACGCCGUUUACAAAAUCUUGAAAGAGGAAAACUUAAGUCUUUGGAAGUCAAGGAGUCCGAAAGACCGGAUCCGCCGCUCGAGCCCGGGAAUUUUCAAUCGAUUCCAGAAACUUUGGGAUUCAGGAGUCUAUAAUGUCUAUAUGGUAAUUAUAAACCAUAACUGAUAUAUGUGCGCACGAAUUAUGAAACGCAGAAGGGCAAUUUCGGCGGCGGAGGAGCGGGAAGAGCGGGAGGUGGCGGCAUCUACUCAGCGACCACAACAACAACAAUAUCCUGAUCGUCCUUUUACAAGGGAUCCAGCAGUUCGUCGGAUUUCCCUGAACGACUAUAUGAUCCUCACACGCCAAUUGCUUAUCAAUCGGGCUAGCCGGCAUAAUCAGAAUAGGCGGUGUGCCAAGAUGCUGGUGAUCCAGGAAAGCGGUGAGCAGAAGAUCAUCACCAUGACGUUGCCCAGUGUAUCCUGCACGGUUCAGGAUAUAUUGCAGCAGGUGGGCGUUAACUUCAAUGAGAGUACCACCAUCGAUUGCCUGGAGAAUCCCGGUGGCAAUAUUCAUGUGGUGGUCUCUGUCGGUUUCACCAUUAACGCACCGGCUGCCGAGAUGGUUGCCCAGGCGGAGGAGAUGCUUAGGGAGAUGACCGCUGGUGCCUCUAACGGCCAGAAGACCGAAGAAACCAGUUCUACGGGUGGAAAACCAGCUGAUCCCCAGUAUUCCCAAACCAGUCAGUCGCAGGAGCAAGUUGAAGGUGUCCACAAGCGUCCAAAACUCAGCGAGAGCAACUCUACCAACGGUAAACCAGCAUCUCCAAAGGACAAGAGAUACGUCCUGCCAGCAACGCGUGUUUUCAGAUACUCGGCAAAUGCCAGUUCGUCGGGUAAACCACCAAUUUCACCCGAAGAAUUGGCAGAACAGAGGCGCCUGCGCAGGAAUCGCAAGUGGAUGCUAAGCAGGGACUUUGAGAGUGAUGAUGAGGUGGUGCUCCUCAGCAGCGAGGAUGAGGAGACCACCGAUGAGGGGCAAACGGAGAAGAAUGCCACAUCGGAAAGACUGAAACUGACGGCCCAGCCGCAGGAUAAAAAGCCGCGACAGCUGUCCGUCGACGAGGAUGUAACUUUGUUGAUCUAUCCGCCCACGGGAACCGGCGGCUUGUGCAUCAACAUGAAGGAUUAUGUGUGCCUCAGCAGUGGCACAUAUUUAAACGACAUUAUAAUAGACUUUUACCUUCUUUGGCUCAAGAAUACGGUGAUACCAGAGGCUCAGCGCGAUAGAAUACAUAUAUUCAGCACAUUUUUCCACAAGAGAUUGACGACUUUGACGCGUCCGAUGAACACAAAGCAAACGGCUGCUCAAAAGCGUCACGAAAGGGUUCAAAAAUGGACCCGUACGGUGGACAUUUUUGAUAAGGAUUUCAUAAUCGUACCCUUCAACCAUCAGGCCCAUUGGAUACUGGCAAUUAUAUGCUUUCCAAGCCUGAGGGGCUCUGUGCCAUAUGACGGUGAUGGUGUUGGCGAGGAUUUAGGUGAUGACAGGGCGGUGAAGCAACCCUUGAUCCUCGUAUUCGACUCCUUGACGGGCACAUCUCGUAGUCGUAUACUAGCCAUAUUGCGGGAUUAUCUUACCUGCGAGUACCAGGCUAGGAAGCCGAAUGCGCAGGCGCACGUCUUCAACUCGGAUAACAUGCCCGGUCAUCGUGUCGAGGUGCCGCAGCAGGAGAAUCUCACCGAUUGCGGCCUCUAUUUGCUGCAGUAUGUGGAGCAAUUCUUCACCCAGCCGAUCAGAGACUACAGGUUGCCCAUCAAGACGCUGGCCAACUGGUUUGAUCUGCUCACGGUUACCAAGAAACGCGAGGAUAUUGCCAAACUCAUCCAGCGUCUAAUGGACGAGGGUAAUCAGCAGCAGCAGCGCCAAAUUCUGCCCGUGAUUAAAUUUCCCACACUAAAUGGUCAAAUGGUGGAGGACUGAGUUUUUUUUUUUUUUUGAGCGUAAAGUUCGUAAGAGGGUAAUUUUGUUCAACAAAUCUUUGAGACAUAACCAAAACUAUUUGUAAAAUUAGUGAACACUUAAAACUCCUAGGGUAUUACCUCCUAUCAGCAUUAUACUCGAUCGAAAUUACCCGACUGCGGUUCUAGGCAACACAAUACAACUGAAAUAAAGCACAAAACGCAUGAUUAACAA